AUGCAAUCAGCUAUCAAUUUUGCUCGAAAAAAACCUUUUGAUUGUUUUUUGGCUGUUGGUGGUGGUUCUGUUAUUGAUACUGCAAAAGCAGCAGCUUUGUAUGCAAACAACCUAAACGCUGAAUUUUUUGAUUUUGUACAAAAACCAUUUGGCCUUGGGCUUAUUCCUGAUAAAACAAUGCUUCCACUGAUUGCUGUCCCAACAACUGCCGGUACUGGAAGUGAAACAACUGGCGUUUCAAUUAUUGACAUACCUGAAAAACAAUGCAAAACAGGCAUCAGACUUCGAUGUAUCAAACCAAAUUUGGCAAUAAUUGAUCCUCUAAAUGUUAUGUCAAUGCCUAAAAAUGUUGCAAUUUAUUCUGGUUUUGAUGUCCUCUGUCACGCUUUGGAAUCUUAUACAGCUAAACCUUACAAUAAACGUUCUCCACUUCCGUCAAGUCCAAAUGUUCGGCCAGUCUAUCAAGGCUCUAAUCCGGUCAGUGAUGUUUGGGUAAGAGAAGCUCUUCAAAUUGUUGCAAAUAUUUUCGACAACCUAAUCGACAACCUGUUCCGAUGA